AUGAUAGCUAAACCACCACCACCACCACCCUCCUCAUCCACCAUUUCAACACUAUCCCACCACCAUCAUACCCUCAACUCAACCACCAGCCUCCACUGGGUGUCCCACCCACAAUCCUCCGUCAAACUCUUCACAUCCACCUCCUCCACCAACACAACCACCGCAAACCCAUCUCGAGUUAAAGCCGCCACUAACUCCUCCACAUCUCUCACUACAGACACCACCACAAAGCCACAUCGAGAUUCCUACGAUGAGACCCUCCUAAACCUUUUGCGGCAAAGAAAAACCGAGGAUGCUUGGCUUGUCUACACUCAAUCUCCUCACCUACCAAACCCCACUUGCCUCAGCCGCUUAGUUUGCCAAUUAUCUUAUCAAAACACCCCCUCUGCCCUCACCAGAGCUCAAUCCAUCAUCCAACGCCUCCGCCAUGAACGCCAGCUCCAUCGCCUCGACGCCAACUCCCUUGGCCUCCUGGCCGUCGCAGCCGCCAAGUCCGGUGAUACACUCUACGCCAACUCCAUUCUCAAGUCUAUGCUUAGAUCCGGAUACCUUCCUCAUGUCAAGGCCUGGAGCGCCGUUGUAAGUCGCCUCGCCGCAUCGGGCGAUGAUGGCCCCAAAGAGGCCAUCAAGCUGUUUAGAUCUGUCACCCGGACAAUCAGGAAAUUCCCGGAGCGGACCAUGGUCAUGAAUUCUCGGCCUGACACUGCGGCAUACAACGCCGUUCUUAAUGCGUGUGCCAAUUUGGGUUGGACCGACAAGUUCCUCCAACUGUUCGAGGAAAUGCCUGAGAACAAAUGUGAACCGGAUAUCUUGACUUACAACGUCAUGAUUAAGCUUUGCGCAAGGAUUGAAAGGAAAGACUUGCUUGUCUUUGUACUCGAACGGAUUCUCGAAAAAGAAAUCCCUUUAUGUAUGACAACAUUGCAAUCUUUGGUGGCAUCUUACAUCGGCUUCGGUGAUUUGGAAGCUGCAGAGAAUAUCGUUCAAGCAAUGAGGGAAGGAAGGCAAGACCUUUGCAAGAUUCUAAGAGAUUGCAAUUCGGACGAAUUCCCAAAUGAAAACGAAAAUGAAGUGUUUGAGAAAUUGCUUCCAAAUAUGAAUUACCCAACAGAUUAUGAACCACCAUUGUUGCCAAAGGUAUACCCUCCUAACACCAGGAUGUACACAACCUUAAUGAAGGGCUAUAUGAAAGCCGGCUGGAUCCAAGGCACGGUGGGAAUGCUCGACGCAAUGAGAAGCCAAGACGACACUGCUAGUCACCCAGACCACGUUACAUAUACAACGGUCAUAUCAGCACUGGUAAAUGUGGGAGCCAUGGAAAAGGCAAGACAAGUUCUAGCCGACAUGACUGAAGACGGUGUUCAAGCCAAUCGGAUCACUUACAAUAUCCUUUUAAAAGGGUAUUGCCAACAACUACAACUAGAUAAGGCAAGAGACGCUCUUAAAGAGAUGGUAGAUUCAGGUAUCCAACCGGAUGCUGUAUCGUACAACACAUUGAUCGAUGGAUGCAUAUUGGUUGAUGAUAGUGCAGGAGCUCUUGCUUUCUUCAAUGAAAUGAGAGCAAGAGGCAUUGCUCCUACAAAGAUAAGUUACACCACUCUGAUGAAAGCCUUUUCAGUAUCGGGCCAACCAAAGCUAGCCAACGACGUUUUCGAUGAAAUGGAAAAAGACCCGCGAGUUAAAGUUGAUUUGGUGGCUUGGAACAUGUUGAUUGAAGGGUAUAGUAGAUUGGGAAUGCUCGAUCCUGUAAAGGAAAUGAUCGAACGGAUGAAAAAGAAAGGGGUUUAUCCAGAUGUAGCUACUUAUGGUAGUCUUGCAAGUUGUAUCGCAUUGGCAAGAAAGCCCGGAGAAGCGCUGUUGCUUUGGAACGAAAUAAAAGAAAGGUGUGGUUUGAUUACAGAUGAAAGCAAGGUUUCGAAAACGGGUUCUUCUUCAAGUGUUCCAAUUUUGAAGCCUGAUGAAGGGCUGUUGGAUACUUUGGCAGAUAUAUGUGUGAGGGCUGCUUUCUUUAAGAAAGCUUUGGAGAUUGUAGCUUUCAUGGAGGAACUUGGAAUAGCACCAAAUAAGACCAAGUAUACGAGAAUCUACAUAGAGAUGCAUUCGAGGAUGUUUACGAGCAAACAUGCUUCGAGAGCGAGGCAGGAUAGAAGGAUAGAGAGGAAAAGAUCCGCGGAAGCUUUCAAAUUUUGGCUGGGGUUGCCUAAUUCUUAUUAUGGAAGCGAGUGGAGACUCGAAGGAGCUGAAGACGAUGAGCACGCCAUCUAAUAGCAGUUUCCCGGUGAAACCAAAUUAAAUCAAACGAGCCCAGUAUAUCGUGUCUUGAGGACGAUAAGAUGUACGCAAUCUUGUCCUCUAUCUUGAAGUGUCGAACGGCUGCCGAUACUUGUAACUACAUAGAAUUUGGUCGACAAUCUAUGGUGGAUGAAUUACGAUAUUCAGUUUGGAUUUUUGUUGUACAAAUUUUGUAGACGGUUUAUAUGUUUCCUCUCGUAUAUAAUAUACACACGUGUAUGAUAUAGUUGUAGGAGUAUACCAAGCAUAUAGAAUAAAGCAAGUAUGUUACAUAUAC